CUGUAAAUUAUCAAGCUUGACGGUUCCCAAUGUUUUCUGCUCUGCGGAAAUCAGUGGCAGGGUCUUCGCAAGCAAUAUGCCGCAGGCGAAUGGCCACAAUUGCGCCGACUACUUCACAAAGCAAACUUGCAAUUCGCAAAGCUGCUGAUUCAAUCAAACCGGUAUAUGUGACAAUGUCGAGUUUUACUGGGAAGUCGAACAGUGCCAAGAAAGUUGUUGCUCUGGACCCAACGGUGUUCGACCAUCCUAUCCGGCGAGAUAUUCUACAUCUUUGCGUCGUGCACCACCUGGACUCUCUUCGGCAAGGAACUGCAUCUACUAAGACGCGCGCUGAGGUUGCCGGUUCACGUCGCAAAAUUCGUCCACAGAAGGGAACCGGCAGAGCUCGCCUGGGAGAUCGGCAGAGUCCGAUGUUGAGGGGUGGAGGUGUCGCUUUCGGUCCCAAACCGCGAGAUUUCAGCACGAAGCUUAAUCGCAAAGUUAUCCAGAUGGGCAUGCGCGUGGCUUUGACGAUGAAGCUCCGGGAACAACGACUGGGUGUCUUGCAGCGGAUUAACUGGUGGUCACACAAGACUGCCACCCUCAACUCAAGGUUGAGCGGACUCGGAUGGAGAACCGGUACCUUGUUUGUCACCGGAGAAUCCGAGGUGCCGGCAAGAAUGAGAUUGGCAUCGAGGAACCUUCGUGGGAUAGAGUGCAGAACCGUAACAGACUUGGUGGUCUACGACAUUGUGAAGUGGAGAAGGGUUAUACUUGACCUCGCCGCCGUCGACGCACUGGAGCGAGCUCUCGGAAAGGGCUUGUUGGGAAUUUCGGAUUCGGAGAGGGUAGUUUCUGAUGUUACUCACUCGUCUGUGGAGGAGGUUGAGCCAUCCGCUUAGACUCAUAAUAUAUCUUAUUCUGGGCGUGGAUAUCGAUAUUGUCCAGUCGCGAGUCAUUGUACUUACAAACGCACCGGCAAAGCCGACUGUAAAUGAAAAAAUUAAAUGGAUAAUACGCGACCACGUGACACAACGCG